AUGAUGUUCGCUCUUCUCACUGCAUUCCUCCUUGCUGGCCUUGCUCAAGCCGGUUGGCUGGGCAAUGGACAGUCCGAGUGGUCUGCACGCUGUGCGCUCGGGUCCGAGAUGGAGGGUGAAUUCGUCUGCUUCACGAGCGCCUCUGACAUCACGCAAAAAUCCGCUUCGGGAACCUGGUCCGGCUACGCCGCUUCGGACGGUCUGGCGUUUGCGCUCAUCCAAAGCAGCAGCUCGGGCGAGCUCAUGUCGAUGCCCGACCAUACCAUCAACAUCGAGUGGCUCGGGGGAAGUAGCGCACACGUCAUCGUCCAGGACUACGUCAACAAUGGCUGGGUCACCGCCGCCGAAGGCGACACGGAUAACCCGGACCAGAAGACCAUCUUCCAGCUCUCGGGUGGCGGAAACAAGCGCUCUUCCGCUGUCCGUCGUGCUGGCGAUCAUGCCGGUGGUCAUGCCGGCGGUCGUGGUGGUCACCCCGGUGGUCAGGAGGGUGGUCAUGAAGGUGGUCACGGCGGCGGCAAGGCUCCAGCUGGCAAAGGCACCGGCCACGGAAAGCACCCCCCUGAGCAGGCCUGA